AUAGUUUCAACCGGAGGCUCGCCUUCUUCCGUCUGACUUGACAGAAUAAAGGUUGAACGCGGAAGUUUGCCUGAGUUCAGUCGAGCAGCAGAGAAACACCAACGCGUCGAGUCGGAGGCUAAACUUCACAGCUGGAAGCUUAAUAUUCCUGAGAACCGGAAGAAACCUGAACGCUCCGUCAUGGCCGAUGUUUACUCCCCGACGACGGUUUCGAACCCCAAAACAUCCUGGCUCAUGCUCCCAUCAAAGCCUCUGGAGAAAGUCCGCUGUGGGAUCAAAGUCAUUGAAGUGCUGUUGUCCUUCGUGGCCUUCAUCAUGGAGGAGAUGAUCAACAGCUGCAGCAGCUGUGGGCCUCUCUACUUCUUUGAGUUCAUCAGCUGCACGGCCUUCCUCUUCACGCUGCUGCUCCUCGUCCUCCUCUACACCUGCCUGCACAGCCGGGUGGGCAUCACCUGCUGGGCCAAGCUGGACUUUGGGUACACCGCAUUCAUCGGCGUGGCGUUCCUCCUCUCCUCCAUCAUUUUCACCGCCAGCAACAGCGACACGACUUUAGAGAGAAGUGCUGCGGCGUUCGGGUUCUUGGCGUCGUUGAUGUUCAUCGUUGACUUCGUCUUGUUCGUGAAGAGUCAGGGGUUUCCCUUUAAGGGAGACGGGAAGCCGGAGUCCAGUAACGGCGCCGUGCCGGUGGGGGCGGGGCCAGAGGAGGCCAAACUCAACCCGUCGGCCAACGAAGCACAAUAAGUCUGAUUCUCAACCGCAGUUUGUUACUCAGAGGUCAGAUUAUUUUACGCACUAUUCCUUUAAAUGACAGCAGGAGGCGGAGCUUCAGCGACGUGGCGGCCAUUUUUAGAGUCCUUUUUUUUUUUAAACAAGUGUUUUUAGUCGUCGUUGCCCGCAGCUGAGGGCGCUCUGUGCUGCGAUCAUCAAUAUCAAUCAAUCUUCCAAUCAUCAAUCAAUCAAUCAAUCGCAGCGCAGAGCAGCUGUUCUGUGUUUGGUCUUAAAGAAACAGUUCUUUAAGAACUUAGAACCAUCAAGAACAGAGACACUAAAACCACAGAACCACUAAAGAUUCUGCUGUAAAAUUUAAGACUUUUAAACCACUCAAUGAAUUCAUGUCUUUUCUUUUUUUAUUAUUGAAUAUCAUGAAAUUUAAAAACUAAUUUUGUCUAAAUUGAACACAAAAAUCAACUAAUGUUCAUUAAAUUAUUUUAAUUCUCCUAAAAUUCAAACGUUGUUUGUUAGAUAAUUGUUACACGUCACAAAAAACCAAAACAAAAGAAAAUAUUAUCAUCACACAAAAUUAAGUUUCAUUUAUUUUUUUAUUUUGUUUCCGUGUAAAAUAUAGAAAACUUAAACCUCCUCAAGCCACCAAAAGCCUUAAAAAAUACAAUCAAUCUCUGUGUUGGUUUUUUUCCUCUUUGAUGAUUUUAAAGUUUGUGCUGAAAUGAAGAAACUCAACAAAGAAAAAAAGUCUCAAUAAUGAAUAUAAAAAAACAUUUCAUCUAAAUCAAACAGCAGCUACAAGUCAUUUCUGAGUAGAAAUGAUGAAGUUUGACUGUUUGUUGUCAAAAUGUGUUUUAUUCCAGAUUAUUUCUUUAUUUCUACUAAGAACCAGCAGAUGGAGCCGUUUUAAUUCAACGUUUUUCUUUGAGUGACAGUUUUCAUACAAACAUUCCUUCCUGUUGAUUGUUGACCAUAACUUGGCCUCCAGAUGUUUCCAGAUGUUUCAUGCUUUAUGACUAAAACAUAUUUCUUUGAAGCAGCUUCAUGUCGAUGGGCCUGUUUCUUACUUCCUGUUUUGUUUAUCUUCUAUGUUUUUUAUAUAUCGGUUUAUAUUCUUCGACUGUCAUGGUUUCAUGGAUUUUCGUCACGCUCACAGAUUUUGUGUCUUUUUAAAGUUUUUAAUCGUCUUAAUCACUUUUGUGUUUUUUUUAAAUUGAAUUGUUUAUAUGAAUGAAAUGAUGACGUUUUAUCAAAUUUCAAUACAUUCUGAAUAUUAACGUUCGUCGCUGUUUAUUAUCACGUCUGAUUUUGUAAAAUGUAUAUGUUAAAUUUAACAUUUUCUAUACGUUAGUGUGAAGUUGAAUGGACAUUUUUCUCAAUAAUUUAAAGGAAUACUUCAAUCAAACACAGUCACUGAGUUAAUUAAUUGAGGUAAUUGACCCUCGGCUAAGCCCCGCCCCCCACCGCUUUGACUCCGUCAAGCUGUCAGAGCUACGUUACCACGGAGACCAAACUGUCACUAACUCCACUCGCGCUCUAAAUAUUAUCUAUUUGGUAAAACUAUUGAAGAGAGAAACAAACAGAAGGUUCUACAAUAUGUUGGAAGGAAACAUCAGGAUGAAAAGAUAAAGAAAGAGGCGUAAAAGUGAAUCAACAUCAGAAGUUUUCACUGACAGAAUCAGAUUGUUGUUACUAGUGUCCAACAACAUGAUGGAAAGGAUCCUACAGAGAAACUUGUUUUUGUUAAAGUAUAAAAUCCUUUUUGUUAACCAGAAACCGCCGAUAUGUCGCCCUCAUCAAAUACACUCCAUUAGCAAAAGCAGUAAUUAUACCGUGUCGUAAAACACACUAAAGUAAAAGUUAAUAAAACGACAGUCACCAGCUGUGGUUCGUUCAAACCCUUGAAGGAUAGACGUUGAGUUUAACUACGUUUCUGCUGAGUUUAAAAACGUGUUUUUCGACACUUAAAAUGUUUUUUAUAAAGGAGUCUGGUGUAUUUAGAGAGAGACGGAACUCAUUUUACUCUUUAACAAAAACAUCCUUUUCUGUAUAGAUCCUUUAUUUUAUUCACUGUUACAAUCAUUUAAAAGCCAAAGCAGCAUGUGUAUAAUUUACUGAAGUUAUACCUUUAGCAGCUAGCUUAGCAUGAAGCUGUUGAUUUCGUUUCUCUUUGUCGUCGUUUUUCUGUCCCCGGACCCCUGGGUAGUUCAGUUCAGUGAUCAAUCUCUUCAUGGAGUUUAGGGAUCAAAACGAUCACGUUUGGGUGAAAUAUUCCUUUAAUAUAUUUGGUGAUUUAGAGUUUAACCUCCCACCAGCCUCCAAAGCACAACAUGAUUUCAUCCACCAGUCACAUUAUUAGAGAUUUAAAAGAUUAAUUUCCUGCUUACAUUUGAACUUUCCAAAUGUUUAAAGAAGAAAAGUAUUUUGUUCCUUUCGAUGAGUGGUCACAUGAGGUGUUCAAUACUGUUAACUGUUUUUUAUGCUUGAGUGACAUUUAUAAAAGUGGGAACAGCAGUUUAACAAUCAUGCAAUACAUGAAUAAUAAACAUUUAAUACACUGGAAGACUAAGUGGGAAUCUUUGUUAUUACAAGAAAUAUUUUCUUAUUUGUGUCACUCAUACAAUCCAGAAAUCUGUUUUCAUAUCAACAUGAUGAUCUACAGCAGGAAGUAAAGUUUAUUUUGGAGAAAAUAAAUGUUUUUGUAAUAUAUAUGUGUAUAUUUUCCACGAUACUCUUCUGUGACUGUAAAACGUUCAUAACACAAAAUACUAUGUGAGGGUCCAGUGAACAUCUCUCUCUUGUCUAUUAAAAAUUGCUGCGAUUUCA